AUGGACGAUAUCAAAGCCAUCUAGAAGCUCAAGUCUCUUGGAAGACAUUUCCCACAAGCUUCUAAAGAAGAAGAAAACAAGCCAAUUAGAGUUGCUGUUACAGGUGCAGCAGGUUAAAUUGGAUCAGUCCUCUGCUUCUUCAUUGCCCAAGGUAGAAUGUUUGGACCUUACUAGAAGGUCAUUCUUCAACUAUUAGAGCUCCCAGCUGCAGAAGGUCCAUUAAAGGGUCUUUGUUUAGAGCUUCAAGAUGGAGCCUAUCCACUAUUGGCUGAAAUCAGACCCUCGACUAACGCUGAGGAGGCAUUUAAGGAUGCUGAUGUUGCAGUACUUGUUGGUGCUAAACCAAGAGGUCCAGGAAUGGAGAGAAAAGAUCUAUUGAACGAAAAUGCCAAGAUUUUCAAGGUUCAAGGAGAGGCUCUUGACAAAGUUGCCAAGAAAACCGUAAAAGUUUGCGUAGUUGGAAAUCCAGCAAACACCAAUGCUUUGAUUGCAUCUCACUACGCUCCAUCAAUUCCAAAGAAGAACUUUUCUGCUCUUACCAGAUUAGAUUAAAACAGAGCACUUUCCCAACUCUCAGAUAAACUUAAGACUAGAGUUGAAGAUAUAAAAAAUGUAGUCAUUUGGGGAAAUCACUCUCUUACUCAAUACCCAGAUGUUAAUCACGGUGAGGUUAUUGGAGCAGAUGGAAAGAGAAUUAAAAUUAGAUAAGCAGUUAACGAUGACAACUACUUGAAUGAUGCUUUCAUUUCAAGAGUUCAAAAGAGAGGUGGGGAAAUCAUCUCAGUUAUGAAGAAAUCAUCCGCCGCUAGUGCUGCAUCAGCUGCUUGUGAUCACGUUCACGACUGGUGGGUUGGAACCAAGCCAGGUGAAUUUGUAAGUAUGGCUGUUAUCAGUGACAACAAUAAAUACGGAGUAGCAAACGGUAUUAUUUACUCAUUCCCAGUCGUCUGCAAAAAUGGAGAAUGGCAAGUUGUUAACGGACUUAACAUCGAUGAAUUUUCCAAAAAGAAGUUCAAGGCUACUGAAGAUGAACUACUUGAAGAAAGAAAGAUGGCUCUUAACAUCUGA